UGCAUCGUCAUGUGCAAAUAUAUACAAAGUAGACGCUUACGUCAUCAACAGAAUUCUAGGAUAGCCAAUAGAUACUCUUCUUAAUGAGGAGUUUGCAACAGUGUGCAAGGCGCAUGCGCAUGCCGCAUACAGACGGCAGUUUUGGUGCUACAUACAUUUUUUCCGGGUAGUCUGCGAAGAAAAACACACUUUACUUAAUUUUUACAAAUAUUUAAUGUGAACGACACAGAUAUUACGUGACAAAGAGAAACCGUUUUGGUCUGAACUCGUCUCGGUGAACUUUGAAGCUCCUCGGGCUAGCUUAGCUUGCUAACAAAGAGACCCGGAAGUUAUCAACACAUCGCUAAGCAGAGCUCAAGUGUGAGUGUAAAGUGUUGUGAUUGUGUGAAAAUGUGUAAAAAUACAAAUGUUGAGAGCCUUGGUGAAUCAGCGACUAACUGCGGCUGUUGAAGAAAUAUUUGGAGUGUUAGAAAGAACGAUAGCAGCGUACGAGGAGGAACUUUGUCGAACAAAAGAGGAGAACGAGCGACAACGUCAACUACAGGACGCUGUUUUCAAGGAGCCUCAAGUUGUGUUACACAGAGCAGACAUCAGGGAAGAACAUCUUCCCCCUCAGCAGCAGGAGUGGAAUUCCAGGAUGGAGCAGGAGGAGCCACAGGCCCCCCACAUUAAAGAGGAAGAAGAUGAUUACAGCAUCAGUCAGGAGGGAGAGGAUCUUGAAGGACCGGAGGAGUUCCCAGUGAUUGUUGUCCCUGUGAAGAGUGAAGAUGAUGAAGACAAAGGUCAAAGUGAGGAGAGGAGAGAGGUGGAGCCUCCAAGCAGCAGCUCCACUCAUCACAUGACAACAGAAGCUGAUGGAGACCACUGUGGAGGAUCACAAGCAGACAACCUCUUAGCUCCACUAUCAGAUAGUGACGACAUAACGUCACACUCUCCUGACACUGAUGAUGAAGACUCUGAAGCUGACAUGACAUGUCACACUGACAACACACGCUGGAAAUGCUCUCAAUGUGACAAAACUUUUGUUACCAAGGGAAAUCUGAACAGACACAUGAAACAUCACACAGGAGAGAAACCUUUCUCUUGCUCAGUUUGUGGUAAAAGAUUUUCUCGGCAGUCAAAUUUGAAAAUGCAUACAGUAAUGCACACUGGAGAGAAAGCUUUUCCUUGCUCGGUGUGUGGUAAAAGAUUCAGCAAAAAAGGUGAUUUAAUGACACACACAAGAAUACACACAGGAGAGAAACCUUACACUUGCACGAUGUGUGGUAAAAGAUUCAAUCAAAAAGGUGAUUUAAUAACACACACAAGAAUACACACUGGAGAGAAACCUUACCUUUGCACAAUGUGCGGUAAAAGAUUCAAUCAAAAAGUUCAGUUGAACACACACAUAAGUCUACACACCGGAGAGAAGCCAUUUCUUUGCACGGUGUGUGGUCAUAGAUUCAAUCACAUAAGUGUUUUAAAUCGACACGCAAGAAUACACACUGGAGAGAAACCUUAUCCUUGCAUGGUGUGUGGUAAAAGAUUCAAUCAAAAAGUUCAGUUAAACGCACACACAAGAAUACACACUGGAGAGAAACCUUUUUCCUGCUCUGUUUGUGGUACAAGAUUCGCUCAGAAGUCGCAUUUGAAAGCACACACAACAACACACACAGGAGAAAUCGUUCAGUGUGUGGUCGGUGAUUCACAAAUCGUACAAACUUGACCUCCACACUGAGGAGUACCUUGAAAACAUAUUUGAAAGGACAGGAAGUAUGAAUAAGCAGGACAGUAUUACUGUUUAAAAAAACAAAUGUUAUAUAAGAGAACGACUUCUUACUUUAUUGACAUUAUGAAGAAAUGUUUGCAAUAGGUAAUGGAAGUCUUAUAUUUUACCAAUAGGCCAAUUGAUUUGAACAAAUAGAGUAUUUCUGCUAAUAUAUAUAUAUAUGUAUAUAUACUGUGUAUAUACAUAUACAUAAUAUACGUGUCAGACUAAUUUAUAAGAACAACAAGCUAUGCUUUGUUAUGACUAUUUGCUUAAGCCCAGAGACCUUCAGUCUCCAGAAACAAGUUUCUCCAAUGGUGUUUGUACG